CGCGUGCGGGGCCGGUCAUGGGGCGGGGACCGGGAGCGGGAGCGGGAGCGGGACGGGGCCGCGGAGCGGAGAACGGGGCCGGGACCGGGACCGGGAAGGGACGGGGACGCACACCGGCCCCGGUCCCGGUCCCGGCCGCCGGCCCGCCCCGCGGCAGGAAGCGGCGUGCAGGGGCCAACCUGAAGCCCGAGCACCCCGAGGAGCAGGAGAUCCCCUCCCGCCUGCGGGAGCUGAUGCGGAGCCGCGAGGCCAUGAAGAACCCCAAAUCCGGGAGGAGGCGGGCGGCAGGGAAGCAGCAGCAGCCCAAGCCCCCGGCGGCGCACGGGGACAUCGCGGUGCCCAAAUUUAAGAGGGGGAAGGGGGAAUCGGAGCACUCCUACCUCUGCCGCAUGGAGCAGGAGGUGCAGCACAUCCUCUUCCUCACCAAGAACCAGGUGCAGCGCGAGCCCGAGAAGGAGGCGGCGGCACCGCAGAAAUCCAGGAGGAAAAAAGAGUUCCAGAAGAAGAAGCUGGACAAAGCCCGGAGGAGGAAGGAGGAGAAGAAAGAGGCUUUGCUGGAGAAGAGCCUGCUGCGAGACACGGUGGCGUUCGGCGAGGUGGUGACGGAGCCGCCCACCCUCACCUCACGGCCCCGCCGCGGGGGUCCCGCCGAGCAGGCUGGGCGCAAGCGGCUCCUGCUGGCUCCUCGCCUGGGCCGGGGGUCCCCGGCGGCACCGGUGUCGCUGGCUCGGCAGCGCAUCGUGCAGGAGGAGAGGGCGCGCGUCGUGCAGGCCUAUCGCGACAUCCAGAAGCGCAAACGGCAGCAGAGAGAGGCUCAGGCAGCCCGUGGGGUGCCCGGCUGAGCCCUCCCCUUCGUCCUCCGUCCCGGCGAGGGGGUACAAAACCCCCCCCGGACCCUGACAUGGAGCAGCAGAGGGGUGGCAGCCGGCUGGGUGUGCGGCAAGGGGGACAUUUAGCCCAGGAUGUGACAGGGGGUGGUUGUCCCUGCCCCGUGCUGCUGCCCCGACUGCGCCCGGGGGCUCACAAGAGCCAUGCAACCCUCUUGGCACCUGCGCCGCAGCCAGGAGCCUGUGGUGCCAUGGACUUUUUUUAAAUAAAAUGCCAUUUUCUGAUGGUG